UUUAUCAUAGAAGAAGAAGAAUCUUUGCGGAUGACAUAAGAAAAAUAAAUUAAUGCAGUCGAAAUGAUUAUCAGUCUUAGUUGUUUAAGUUCGGAUAUUGAUUGAACGAACAGUACACGGAUCCUAUUCUUAUCGAUGUGCCUCUGAAUCGUAUCUGUGUCAACAAGCUAGCUAGCUAAUUUAGCUAUCCAUCAUCAAUUGAGUCUGUCACUGUCAGUCUGAUCUUGCUCGUCGAUCAUAGUUAAGAUGUGUUGCAGCUUUUGAAGAUGGUUCGUUAGUUACGUCCGUACUUUUUGUCUCAAAUAUGAACUUGUAAGUCGGAGAACGAAUCAGACAAUAGAAAAUGUCAGGUUAGCAUUGUAAACAACAGCAGCGAAUAACAUCACAUCAUCAUGGAGGAUGAGGAAGAUCUCGAGGUACUUGGCGAACAACUGUACGAUUUAAUUUACCCCAAGCACGCUGAGAUCGCCGGGAAACUCACAGGCAUGUUGCUGGAACUACCUGGUCCUGUCCUGACUCGGAUGCAGCAGGAUGAAGCGAUGCUGACAGAGGCCCUUGAGAAAGCCCUCAGAGCUCUGCAACUACCUCAGGGCCCCAGCAAUACAAGGAUGCCAAAGGAGGAAGAUGAAGCAUCUGCGUCUUCUGACUCGCUUGGGGAACAGCUGUUUGAGCUCGUGGACAUCUACAACACUGGCCACACACAGAAAAUCACUGGCAUGCUACUGGAGCAGCAUAAAGAAGCGGUGCUGCAUCUUCUCUCAGAACCCUCACUGCUGGAGGAGCAGUUGAACCUGGCCUUGAAGACACUGCAGGAGCUGGGUGUGGAAGAGACAGAUGUGAGUGACUCAUCAGAUGCCGAUGACACUGAGAGGCUGGAAGAGAGGCUGUUUCUACUGGUGCAGGAGAUGGACGCAGUGCACUCAAAUGACAUUACAGGCAUGCUUUUGGAGAUGGACCCUGCAGCUCUCAGACAGAUGCUGAGCGACCGCACCAUGUUGGAGGGAGCUGUUCAAAAAGCACAAGCAGCGCUGGAAAGCAUUUGGAUCCAAGAGGACAAAGAAAUCACCAAAUCCAAAUGAAGUUGGCCCAAAUACUGUGACAUUUCAGCUGAAGAAAACAAGAAAAUUUAUGUGCCACUAACCCACAGGAUCAUAGCUGCCAUGAAGUGAUGUAUGUAUAUACUGCAUUCUAAAUGGCGAUUCCUGAUUUCAGAUAUUUUUCUCACUCCAACACUUGUCAGUGACUGGUUUUGGAGUGCAAUGCACUUUAGUUAAGGCCACACUCAUGAUUGGACAGGAAGGGGAAUAUGAACCAGUGAAGUGUGCUGCGACGCCUUCACACACUUGCUAAAAAUAAAACCAGGCACCCUACACUUCUUGAAAUAUACAUGCAAAUGCUCCUUUAGACUUCAGGAGUGGAGAAUGGAACAGACCUAUAGUAUUUUUUUGUUGUUGCUUCCAAUGCUAUAGGAGAAUUUGACAACUGUCUGGGUUGAUUUGAUUUUUCUACUUGCCAGAGUUGUCAAUGAGGGAUAGGUAGUGCUGGUCCAAAAUACUUUCAUCUGUGAGAAAGUAACUACAUAUGUAGUGCCAGUGAUGCCAACAGACCUGCACACAUUGUAGGUCCACUGGUAGUAUGGGGGAUAUUUGUUUGUACUUCACUCAAUAAUAAAAAUGAAUUCAGGAACAUUAAAGAUAAUAUUCCAUAUUCAGACACGUAACCAACUGUUGGGAUGUACUGCAAUAAUGUGAAUAGGAAAUGUAUUUUGAUAUGUAGAUAAAACACAACAUGAUGAACCUUCGAUCCUAAUCAGACAUAGAACAAAAUUAAACAUUCUUUCAAAGUGCUAAAGAGCGCAAAGAUAUCUUUAUUACCAUUUUACAGGGUUGAAUUCUAAAACAGGAAAAAUCAACAGCUUUUCUCAGACAAAAAGGGGACCUUUGGAAAAAAUAAUUGGGUGUUCAACACAGAAACAAAGUCAAGAACACAAAGGGGAAGCAAGGAAUUUUGGAUAACAAAGUUGACAAAAGCAACAGCAAAAUCAAAAAGGAAACGGCAGUUUUGACUAAAAUUUGCUCCUUUCACAGAUGUGUUUAAUGAUGGGCCAGUUAAUCUGCAGAAGCAGCCGUUACAAACGUGAAUCCAGGUAUUAUAUAAUCUAUUAAUGACAUUUCAAAGCUAAAUCAGCAAAAACAAUAGUUGCUCUCCACACUUUUGCUCAUGACUACAGCUCAUAAAUACAAUCGAUCAGAUAAAUAUUUGGAUAGAUUAAUGACAUUUAAAAAUUGUAGUCAAAUGACACCGACUAUUCCCUAUAAAGUGCAUGCACUACUUUUGACCUGAGCCACCUAGUUUUGCACUAUAUAGGAAAUAGGGUGUCAUCUGAGACUUGACCAAUAUAGUCCUGGGGCCUCAUUUACAACUGUUCACACAUUUCCGCAUGAGACACAUUUCUGAAAAUCCAGCGGGAGUACAAAAAUAUUUAGAUUCAUACAUUUGGUGCACAUUAAAACUCUGCCUGGAAAACACCUCCAAAUUUUAUGGUGACAAUAACACUAUUUGCUGUAUAAUUUUGAAUUAGGCCAUGGCAGUAUCUAAAAUGGGCAAUUGAUCACAUUUCUGUGGGCAGAAUGUUUUGGAAGUUAUUCAAACUAAACAUGCAUAUAGCGAGUGCCUGAUGUCUGCAAGGUUGAUUGUAGCCUAUAUUUUGAAACACUUAAAGUAGGCUAAAUGCUACAGCCCACACUAAAGUGCAAAAUAGAAAUUGUUCAAUAUUUUGUUUAUCAAUAGAUAGAAACAAUGUCCUGCCUUAGUAUAGGGUCUGAUUUAAAUUGGCAAUGUUGUGCUUCUAUCUCACAGCAAUACAAUAGCUUACCUAUACUCAACUUACCUAUACAGUUUAUGAAAGAGAAAACAAAAUGGCAAAUUGUGGACUGGUCAGCAGAACGUUUAAAUUCAACAAUGUUUUGCAUCGACUUUUCACCUAAAUAUGAUGGGACUGGCCGUGAAUUCUGAAAAAUUGUCUAAGGCAGGCUACCAGUAGCAUACAUAGGCCUACUUCAAUGUAAAAUAAACUUCACCUUUUAAAUUUGACUGUAGGCUAGAUUAUAAACCGCACUGCCUAUGGGAUUGCACAAUUUAAUACAGCCUAUCUAUUUACUAGGCUCCUAGGUCCAAUUAAAUGAGAGAUGCACAUGCUAAUUUGUUGUAUGACUACUUAGGGAAUAUGAACCUAUUACGGCUAGAAAAGGUGAGAAAUUUAUUCUGCAAUGGUUAUGAAAAUAGAGAGAUUCAAAUGUUUAUUUUAGAUUAAAUAAAGAAUGUUGCUCUUCUAAUGGCAAAAUUUGU